CAUACAGCACAUUUGCAGAAUGAAGUUGUUUGUUUUACUUCUCCUUGUCGUUUAUGAGCUUUAUUUAUGUGAAUCAAAAGGGAUCAGUGCUGGGACUGUGUUUGUGCUGAAGGGAGAGGAUGUGCUUCUGAAUGUCACAGCAGCUGAUGAUCUUCAGGAUGUUUCUAGUUUCUCAUGGACAUUUAAUGAAACAAAAAAAAAUGUAUUAACAGUUAACCCUGGCAACAAUCCAUAUGUAUUUACUGAUUAUGCUGAAAGGAUUGAAUUUUCUGUGAACAAUUACUCUGUGAAAUUGAAGAAUCUCCAAGAGGCAGACAGUGGAGUUUACUCUGCUGUAGUGACAAAUCGUUCAGGAGACGAAACAGAAGCAGCUAAAUACAAGAUUAAAGUUCAAGAUCGAGCGUCUCUCCCUCUCCUCACAGUGAGCUCUGUCUCUGAUAGCUCUCCCUCCUGUAGCUUCACUGUGACCUGCAGCUCACAGGACUCUCACAUCAACAGCACUUUCACAUGUGAAACCAGAACCUGCAGUCAGGAGGGAGGAGAGCGGUCAGAGGGGAUCCCGGAUACUUUUCUCCAGGUCCACCAAUCAAGUGGAUCGAUCAUCUGUAACCAUAGCAACCAUGUCAGCUGGACCAACACCACCAAAAUAAUCAAAGACGUCUGCCCCAAACAUUUUGAUAGUCAACCAACAAACCCUGUUCCCAUCAUUUUGGGUGUAUUCUUCACAAUUCUCACCAUCAUUGGUGUAGUACUUUGGUAUCUUCGAAAGAACAAGCAAAGGAGCGAGUGGCGUAACUCCAGUUUAUGCUUCUGCUCAGUUCCAGGUCCUGCUGCUCACAUUCCUGGUUGUGCUGCUUGCUCUUUUAAAGCUUUGGGUCCGACUAACCUGAUGCACCGCGAUGCUUCUCUCUAAACCUGCUGCUGAGGUCUCUGUCAGGCAAUAAUUGUAUUCAAACUGUAUUGUGUUUCUUAGUGAUGUGUAUUUGUUGUUUGCUUGUGUGGGUUUCUUUUUAAUUUUUUAAAUAUAGUUUUCCCAUAAGUUGAUGCACUGAUGGAACGAUGCUCCUUCUUCAUGUUCUUAAAACUCUACAUGACAUGCUGGUGUCGUAAACAUAAUGCAGACACAGUGACAUUUACCAAAGGUUUCUUUCAUGAAUAUCACAUUCAUGAUCAGAACUUUGCUUUCUAUUUUUGUCACACAUCCGUUAGCCAAAGCUAUGUGACUUCCUACUGAGCCGAGGGUGUGCACUUCUGCAUUUUCUCACACAACACAUACUGAGAGCAGAAGCCUGUCACGUCACCGGAAAGCUGCACUGAUAUAUUUGUUUUCAUACCAUGUGAUAGUUGUGUGAAAAGUUAAACACAGUAACGUACAGAUAACUGUUUUAUGAGAACCAGAAAUCUUAAUUUGUUGUCCCAGAAUAAAUUAAGAAAAGAGGAGACCUGUCAUUUCCCAUGUCUUUCUCUUAUUAAUGCGAAGUAAGCCUAUUGUAUGAGUUAGCAGUGCAAAUGCUUUUUUGUGUGCUUGUUUGGCCUUUAAAUGUCAUGCCUUUUAGAUAAAAAUACAAAUGAAUCUUAUAUUCUUGUUAAACACCCUUAUCACUUUUGUAGUCUAUGAUAUGGAAGUUUUUAUUACAUUAGGGCACAUGUGUCAAAGUCAAGGCCCGGGGGCCAAAUCAGGCCCUUGGUGGAUUUAAUUUCGGCCCGCAGGAUAAUUUUUAAU